AUGGCGGGGCUGCGGGCGCUGUGGCUGCUGGCGGCGCUGGGAGCGGCGGGGGGGCACCCGCAGCCCUGCCGCGUCCCGGCCAACCCCCCCCCCGGCCCCGCCGUGCGUCUCGGGGCGCUGCUGCCGCCCGGUUCCCCCCGCCGCGCCCGGCUCCGCGCCGCGCUGGUCAGAGCCGCCGGUGCCGGUGCCAGCCCCGGGGGGACGCCGCUGCCGUCGAACCUCAGCCUGGAGGUGGUGGCGGGCGGCCCGGCCGCUCGGGACCCGCGCUCGCUGGCGCGGUGGCUCUGCGGGGCGCUGGCGGGGCGCGGCGUUGCCGCCGUCCUGGCGCUGCCCCGCUCCCGCAGGGAGCUGCUCCUGCUCGACUUCCUCGCCGCCGCCCUGCAGAUCCCCGUGCUCAGCCUCCCGGACACCCGCGGGCUCCUGCCCGUCCGAGCGCAGAGCCCCUUCCACUUCCACGUGGACCGGCAGAGCUCGUUGGAGACGCUGGUGGACGUGGUGGUGAGCAUCCUGCAGGCCAACGACUGGCACGAGACCAACCUGGUGCUCUGCCACCCCUGGGACGUCUCCGGCUUCCUCAGCCUCUGGGCCCGGCGCUCCCAGCUCUUGCUCCGCACCAUCCUGGACCUCGGUUACCUGGAUGAGCCCAGGGCCUCCCGCUACCUCCAGCAGCAGCGGGAGCACUUCAGGGCCCUCUCCAGCCCGGUGCUGAUGCUCGGCUGCGACCUGCAGCGCGCCCGGCUCAUCUUCCGCACGGCCGAGGAGUCGGGGCUGCUGCUGCAGGAGCUGCACUGGGUGCUGGGGUCCCCGCUCAGCGCCGGCGAGCUGCAGACCGAGGGGCUGCCCCUGGGGCUGCUGGCUUACGGGGAGCUCAACCCGCCGCCGCUGGAGCUCUUCAUGCAGGACGUGGUGGAGCUGGUGGCCCGCGCCGUCGGCAGCGCAGCCCGCACGCAGCCCGGCCCCGCUGUGCUGCACACCACGGGGAACUGCAGCAACGGGCACCCGGUGGGCGGCGAGGCCCCGGGGCUCAUCCUGUCCCGGUUCCUGUCCAACGCCUCCUUCCACGGGCGCACGGGGCCGGUGCGGGUGCAGAGCGCGAGGCUGGUGCGGCCGGAGCAGCGCUUCCACGUGUGGCGCCUGCAGCGGGACCCACGGGGGACCCCGGCCUGGGGGACGGUGGGGUCGUGGCACCGCGGGAGGCUGGAGCUGGAGGAGGGCGUGCGGCAGAGCCAGCGCCACGGCCCCGGCGAGGCGGCGGCGGGCAGCCGGCGGCGGCUGCGCGUGGUGACGCUGGUGGAGCACCCGUUCGUCUUCACCAGGGAGGUGGACGAGGACGAGAGCUGCCCCGUUGGGCAGCUCUGCCUGGACCCCGGCACCAACGACUCGGCUGUGCUGGACGCCCUCUUUGAGGAGCUGGGUGCCGGCAACGGCUCGGUGCCGCGGGCGUACAAGAAGUGCUGCUACGGGUACUGCAUCGACCUGCUGGAGAAGCUGGCGGAGGACAUGAGCUUUGCCUUUGAGCUCUACAUCGUGGGCGAUGGGAAAUACGGGGCCUGGAAGAACGGGCGCUGGACGGGGCUGGUGGGGGACCUGCUCAGCGGCACGGCCCACAUGGCCGUCACCUCCUUCAGCAUCAACUCGGCGCGGAGCAAAGUCAUCGACUUCACCAGCCCCUUCUUCUCCACCAGCCUGGGCAUCCUGGUGAGGACCAAGGACACGGCGUCGCCCAUCGGGGCCUUCAUGUGGCCCUUGCACUGGACCAUGUGGGUGGGCAUCUUCGUGGCCCUGCACAUGACGGCCCUCUUCCUCACCCUCUACGAGUGGAAGAGCCCCUAUGGCAUGACCCCGCUCGGCCGCAACCGCAUGAAGAUCUUCUCCUACUCCUCAGCCCUCAACCUCUGCUACGCCAUCCUCUUUGGGCGCACCGUGUCCAGCAAGACCCCCAAGUGCUGCACCGGCCGCUUCCUCAUGAACCUCUGGGCCAUCUUCUGCCUCCUGGUGCUCUCCAGCUACACGGCCAACCUGGCGGCCGUCAUGGUGGGGGACAAGACCUUCGAGGAGCUCUCGGGCAUCCACGACCCAAAGCUGCAUCACCCCUCGCAGGGCUUCUGCUUCGGCACCGUGUGGGAGAGCAGCGCCGAGGAGUACAUCAAGAAGAGCUUCCCGGAGAUGCACGAGCACAUGCGGCGCCACAACGUCCCCAACACCCCCGCCGGCAUCACCAUGCUCAAGACGGAGCCCCCCAGGCUCAACGCCUUCAUCAUGGACAAGUCGCUGCUGGACUACGAGGUCUCCAUCGACUCCGACUGCAAACUGCUCACCGUGGGGAAGCCCUUUGCCAUUGAAGGCUACGGCAUCGGCCUGCCGCAGAACUCAGCACUCACCUCCAACAUCUCCAAGCUCAUCAGCUGGUACAAGUCCUCCGGCUUCAUCGACCUCCUCCAUGACAAGUGGUACAAGAUGGUGCCGUGCGGGAAGCGCGUCCUCGCCGUCACCGAGACCCUGCAGAUGGGGAUCUACCACUUCUCAGGGCUCUUCGUGCUGCUCUGCAUCGGGCUCAGCACCUCGCUGCUCACCUCGCUGGGUGAACACGUCUUCUACCGCCUCGUCCUGCCCCGCAUCAAGCGCAAGAAGAAGUUCAACUACUGGCUGCACACGAGCCAGAAAAUCCACCGGGCUCUGAACACGGGCACAGAGGAGCGGGAGAGCCGAAAGCUGGGCUUGGAGCAGAGGUGCGCCCUGCAGCCGAGGCCCUGGAGCACGCGGCGGGUGCGCUUCCAGCUGGACAGCAAAGCCCCCCCCGAGGCCGAGGAGCCCCCCCUGGAACGGGAGCUGCGGGAGCUGGAGCGGAGCAUCCGGGAGCUGCGGGACCGGCUGCGGGCGGCGCUGGCCAGGAGGAGCGAGCUGGUGGCUGCGUUGGGCACGGCCAAGGGCGGCCGGGGGCUGCCUGCGCCCAUGGGCACCGAGGAGCCCCCCGAGAGGCACCCAUGGGUCCAGCCCAGCUCAGCCCCACCGCAAAGCAGCAGAGAAGAGGAGGAGGAGGAAGAGGAAGGUGAGUAGCCCUCACCCCACAGCGCAGCGAUGUCGCAGCAGGACAGGUCCCAAACGCCCCUCCAGGAGCAGCAAAGCUGGGCAGAC